AAAAUAGCAGUUGUAUUGUGCAUAUUUUCAACGUCACUUAGCUCUUUUCAUUAAUCUAUCAAAACAAUCAGUCACAGAAGAAGGGUAAACUAGUUAACAAGCCUUCUCAAUCUUACACAGGUUCUCAUAUGUGGCAGAAAAACUACGAUUGUUUGAAAGAUGGCAUGCAUUCAAGGAGCCAGGCCAAGAAUGCUGACCUGGAUAGCAACAUUUUCUAGACAGAGUUUCUUUGGUUCUUGGAAAAGUGGCAAACAUGCAAUGUAAAAGGUGGCAGACGAAUUCAGUUACUGUUUUUGUUGGCAAAGGUUUCUUUAAUUUGAUCUCUCCGUCUAUAUUAUUCAAUGGUAUUUUACCCUCAGAACAACAACAACCAGAAGAUGGCCGCAACAUCACAUUUAUUAUGGAUCAUGUUAUUAGCAGUGGCUGCAUGUCAUCCCUGUAAUAUGGUCUUCUGUGGUGAUGUUGGGAUUGUCUAUGGAAGAAAUGGAGACAAUCUGCCCUCUCCAAAACAAGUAAUUGAUUUUCUCACAAAAGACUUGAAUUAUGCAAUUCCAUUAAUCCGAGUCUACGAUGCUAAUCUUGAAAUAUUAGAAGCAUUAAAAGGAACUAAUUUGGUAGUAACUAUUGGAGUUCCUGAUGAAGCCAUUGCUCAUGUAGCAUCAAGCCAAGAAGCUGCUGAUAAAUGGUUUCAAGAUCACGUACUAACAUACAUUCAAAAAGGCGUUAGAUUUCGAUAUAUCUGUGUUGGCAAUGAAGCAAUUCCUGGCGUUGUUCAAUUCCAUCUUCAACAGGCAAUUUGUAAUCUCAACAAUUCAGUACAGAAAGCUGGCAUAGAUUUCAUCCAUGUUACUACCGCAGUUGGAAGUGAAGUUCUGGGCAGCUCUUAUCCUCCCUCAACUGGUCAAUUUGCUCCUGAGCUAGACGCACUUAUGAGUAACCUUACAAGCUAUCUAUAUAGUAUAGGUUCCCCACUAUUCAUUAAUGUGUACCCUUACUAUGCCCUAAUUUCAGACCCACAACAUAUUUCAUUAGACAAUGCCUUAUUUCAGUCCCAAGCACCAAUUUUCCAAGAUGGGAAUUUAGAGUACUGUAAUCUUUUUGAUGCCAUGGUGGAUGCAUUUGUGGCAGCAAUGGUGAGGGUGGUGCAAAGAGAGGAUGUUAAAGUCGUUAUCGGCGAAACAGGGUGGCCGACUGCCGGUUUUGGACCGUAUGAUUGCGUCGACAAUGCUCGAAUCUACAACCAGAAUCUAAGGGAGCAUGUAAUUUACAGAGGCUGUACUCCAAGAAAGGCAGACAUUAAUUUGGAGGUUUAUAUGUAUAAUAUGUUUAAUGAGAACCUAAAAUCUGAGGGUGCAGGUCAAAAUUUUGGAAUAUUCUAUUCCAAUUUCAGCCAGGUGUAUGCAUUGUGGCAUUGAUGUUUUUGAGUCAAAGACUUUUUAUCAA